GCGGGAUGCGCUCCGGGCACCGGCGGCUGCGGGUGAGCGCUCACACGGCUCUGACAGCUCCGCUCGCUUUCUCCUUAAAAUAGCCUCAUUAAAAUAAUAAUUUUUUUUUUUUUAAAAAGCCAGAUGUGCUGCGGGGGAAGCGUGCCCCGGAACCCCCUUUUUUAAUCACCGUGCUCCUGAAAAGCAGAGCACGAACUGCCGUGUAAAGCCCUGCCCGGAGCCCCCGAGCCCGUCCUGCAGAAGUUGGUCUGUUUGUGGUAACACCUUUUUGCAUCGUUCUAUCCAAAAGGUUCUGAUGAUAUUUCGAGAUAAAAAGAUGAAAGCCUCAGUCAUGCUUUGCAGCAAAUUUCAUGUAACACGCGAGGGGAACUGAAGCAGAAACCAAAGCCAAGGCAAAGCAGCAUCUGACCUUGUCACUGGGGGGCAGAAAACAGCCGCUGCUUCCACUGGUGCUUCGAUCAAGCUCCCUGGGCAAUGUGGAAUUGCAGAGAGCUCACAAAGUGCAAGUUCCCUCCAGGUCCGUGGCGUGAAUAAAAAUUGUUAAUUCUUGGCUUGGUUUGUCAUCCUUUGGGGGAAAAGAAAGGUAUGUCAGACUGGCCAUUGUGCAGUUAGACCAAGCACAACUGGAAGUGGGUUGCUCCAGAGAUGAGAGUGACUGAGGCCAGCAAAGCCAAGGAGAAGCCUGUUCAACUGCACAUCUACCCGGGAUUCCUUGGAGAGGUGAUAAAGUGAGUGAUAAGGCAAAGUGGGAGUUAUAAAGUGGAUGCAACAGCUCCAGCAGAACUUCUCACUGCCACGUACGCUCGUUACAAAGCAACUAACAUUAUUUGGAAAUCUGUUUGAGGAAAAAAAUGCACUUUGAGCAUCUCUGCAGUUCUUGUGUCUGAAGCAUUGAUCAGGAAAAUCACCAGCACAACACCAACAAAAGAGAGGAGAAUAUGGUGAAGGCAGCUAAGGAAAUUGAAAUGGAGAACCCAAGAGAGGCAGAGACUCCCAGCACAGGGGCCACAUGUUCCCCCCCAGAGGAAGAAGCAAAAAAACCCUCCAUGCUCUGUUUUAAGAAGCGGAAGAAGCCCUGUAAGAAGGGGCUGACUGUGAAGGAUGCGUGUGAAGGAGCCUCAGAGGAGAAAAGCCAAUGUGUCAGCACUGACCAAGAGGAGGCCAAAGCUUCCAAUCCACCACGAUCCUCCAAAGGAACCUGGGCAGCCAUCAAAAACCUUGCCAGGCCUCAGAGAAGGCAGAAGUCCUCCUCACGGAAGAAGGUGCCCUCUGAUUCCCAAGUGCAGCUGGAGGUGGAUGCUGAGGAGAGCUGUGCACAAGACCUGCCAAAGAAACGGGCGAGCUCUGGGGUGAAGAUGCCCUGUGUGAGGUUCUCCAGAGGUAAGAAAAAGCCCAGCCCCUCAGAAGCAGUGGAGGAGUCAGAGGGCAGUGCUCAAGCAAAUGAAGUGAUGGGUGUUGUGAAUAAGGCUAGUGAAGAGCCAGAGGAUUUGGCCCCGACAGACAAAUCCGAAUCCCUGAGCCCAGUCUCUGCACAGCUGGAGCAGGAUACGGCGAAACAGGAGCAGCAUAGAAUGAAGGAGGACCAGGAUACAAUGAAAAAGGACCAGGAUACAGUGAAAGAGGAACAGGAUACAGUGAAAGAGGACAGCCAUACAGAAAAGGAAAGUGACACCUCUGUUGGGAAGGGUGAGCCCUCAACAGAGCCCACACGUGAUGCAGAACAUUCGGAGUGCACUGUUCAGUUGGAGAUAACCAGUUCAGAGACAUUUGAUGAAACAGCCCAGGACAAACUGCAGGAAGGGAGUCUGCCCCAAACCACUGAUGAUGUGAAGGGCAGGGACAUUGCUCCCGAAGCUGCUUCUAAAGAUCAACCUGACAAUGCCCCUGAAAUCACAGAGUGGCAGGAAAUCCCUCAUAUCUGCAAAGAGAUGCCUGAAAGGGAUGAAUUGGAAAAGAGCAUAAAUCUUUCUAAGGAGUCCAAAGCCGAGGAGUCUGUAACUGAUUUUAGUGAGCUGGCAUCUGGAGGUGAUGCAGCGAGUGUGCAGGAGGCAGUGAUGAGUGUGCAGGAUGCAGCGAGUGUGGAGGAUGCAGCGAGUGUGGAGGAUGCAGCAAGUGUGCAAGAGGCAGCAAGUGUGCAGGAAUGCUCCAGCCAUCAGAUACUAGAAGCAAGUGCAGGUGCUGGUGUCAGCAUCGUCAUCACCAUCACCGAAGCUGAGGACUCUGACAACACUGACUCUGACCAGGCCUAUGAGCCGUCCCCAGUUUUGCACCAAAAAAAGCAAAAAGGGAAUAAAAAAUCAAACAGGAACGCUGACGUUGGCCAAAAAGAGGGCCCUGAGGCUGGUGGUGGUCCCCAGGCAGAGGAGAAAGGUCCGGGUGACCAGGGGCACAGAGCUGGGGAGCAGUACGAGCUGCUCCUCAUGGAAACCGCCUCCUCCCUCGUGAAGGCGGCCAUUCAGUCAUCCAUAGAGCAGCUGGUCAACGAAAUGGCCCUGGAACAGAACAAGCACAACAGCUUCCUGUGAUGGCAGCCUUGCCCCAGAGAGAGAGGGCAGAGAGAGUGAUUUCAAGCUCCAUUUGGCCUGCGGGGUGUGUGGAGAGCUGGGAGAGCUCCCGGUGAAUUCUGUAGUUAAUUCUGCAUGCCCGUUCAGUUGUGUCCAUGUGAAACAGAUCCCGGGACGUGGGCAGACCCUGCUGGGUGCAGCGUGUCCCCUGGGGCUUCAGACAGCGCCACUGACCACAGCUGCGGAAAAAUUAAGGUGUUACAGUGACUGUAUUUUCACUUAUUGGCACAUUUAUGUCAAGGCCACGUUUCUGCUGUCACCCACGCCCUGUUUCCCCGCUGUUCAUGCUGUAGAUCUGUACAUACCAUGUGUUGGAAGAACGGCCCUGAGAGGCAGCGAGUGCCCAACCUGCUGCUGGGCUGGACUGAAACAGCUGGAGGCUUUACUGCCGAUGAGGAAGAGCCAAGUGUCUGCAAUAUUAACAAGAAAACAUCAGUGCCAGGCUGCGUUCUGUGCUGUGAGCCGGCCCUCGCCGCGGUCUCUGCUGUGGCACGAAGCCGGCGGCUUCCAGCGAGCUCUCUCCUUGCUCUCCCCGUGUCGGGAGCAGCCUGUGCAUCUCCAGACACGCCAAAGCUCAAGCUCAGCAUCAGCCUGGCCCUGCUGACCCCGGGCUGCGCGAACGCCUCGUCUGCUGGGGGAGCCUUUCCCGCACCACUGAACUCCACGGGAAAAAUUCCCUGCGGCAUCCCGGGCGUGGGCUGGGCGGGAGCAGCCCUGCCCAGGCAGCCCCUCUCCUCCCUCCCUCCCUCCAUCCCUCCGUCCCCACGCCGGUGUCGUGCUGAAGCUCUCCUCAGAUGUAGCAUAUUUUUUUAUACAUGGCAUGCGAUAUAAAUAGCAGUGAGCUGCAUGCGUGAGCAGUCGGCGCGGCUCGGGAGGCUGCCGGCAUCGCUGUGGUUCGCUCGGAGCAUCCCCGGCUGCUGGCGGAGCCUGCCCCGCUCCGAGCCCUCAUCCCGCCCUGCUGGCAUCCCUCGGGAAUGGUGCGGCGUGCCCGGCUCGCUGCCAUGGCUCUGGCACGCCGUGGAGCUCGCUCUGAACCACGCAGGGAAAUGCUGGAGCAAUCUUACCAGAGUCCUCAGGGAAAAAAAAAAAAAAUCCUGACAUGAGGGCCUGAGGACGUGGCUGGAAAAUGCCAGGACAAGCCUCCUUGAACUGCCCUGCCCGAGGGGUUUGCACCGAGCAGAGUGUGUGUGUGUGAGCAUCACCUCCAGCUAGCAGCACUCCGGGAGAAAGGGGCCUUUUAGUAACCCGGGACUGCAUCUGCGUGGCUGGGAUUUGUGUCCAGCUGUGGGCAAGGCAGAGUGUUCCUCUGAGAAAAUUCUCCUGCGUGUCGCUCAGCCGGCACAGAAAUAGCAGCUGUGCUUGGCAAUUGCUCACCAACCAUGAGCUGAGAUUUCCCUUCCCAGCACAGACUUUGGAUUCCUGCUAAAAUACAAGGGCUGUACCUGUCCCUUGUACCUGGUGCACAAAAAGAUGUUUUAAACCUUGAUAAAACACCUUGAUGUCACGAGAGGACUGCAAGCAGCGAGAGUCACAGCUCAUCUCUGUGCAAGUAAAACUUAAAAAACCCAGAGGGUGGUAAAGAAAAAAAAAAGUCUUUUUUUUUUUCCUGUGAAUUUGUUUAUUAAGUUAUCAGCUAUUGAUAAUUCAGUGUGUACAAUUUUAAUGGCUUUGUACUUCAUACUAGUCCUUCCAGGUAUUUUGCCAUACUUUUGGAAAAGGGACUUUUAAAGGACUUUUAGAUGUACCUUUGGAGCUGCCACAGCACCCCGGGAAGAGCCAUCCUGAUGCUGGGAGAGGCUUCUGGGGUUACACUGGGCACUGUGGCAGGCUGGUGCUGAGCAAAGGGCACCAGCAUUGCUGUGGGAUCCCACUGCAGUCAGCUGCAGAGGAGGAUGCCCAAGCUUUAGUAAAUAAACACAAAAUUACCCCACAGGGGCAGGCUGUCAUCCUCUGUCAGCCUGCUGAGCUGUUUUGGGAGGAUUUGGUGUUAUUUCAGUAUUGCCUUUUAGGUGAAACACAUCUUCAGAAAAGGAGGAGAAUGGAGAAAUGCCCAGGCCAGCCCUGCCCUGUGACUUGCUCCAUGUCAGGUGUUGGGUUUGCAUCCUCUCUUGUAUCUGGUUUUCCCUCAGUUAUAGCUGUACAUAGAACUGAUGAUUAUUUCAUUAAAGCUGAAUGUACCUGUUGUUUUCUCGCCUUGUGAUUGAGUGGGCAGCUAUGGAGCGAUUUUAUAUGUGAAAGGAUUAACUCACAGUGGUGCUCCGUUGUGUCCAGCUUUUCCGGGCAGUCAUACAGUGAGCAGAGUGAAAUCUUAAUGUUGGUGGCAGAUCCAAAUUCUUUGGAGGUUUGCUCCUCCUCUGCCCUUUCUGUGACAUUUCCUUUUGGUUGCUGGUCAGACAUUUCUGCUGCAGAGUCCUGGCUGCCCAGGGACUGCUAUAAGGAAUUUGUGAGGGAUCACAAAUCUCUGGCAGCUGAGAAAAGCCAUCCUGCUGCCCCAUGGUUAAAUUCCCUAUUAGAUACUCUGAGGAAAUGUCUGAGGCUCUGCAGGCUGACAAGGGUGGUGCUGACAGUGUUCAGCUUGGACCUGGCAUUUUGGGAGGGGGAGCAGCACAUUUGAUGUUUUGGCACUUUCUGGGGCAGAUAAGAUCAGUCCCACACACUAAUUGUUUUUGGGGUUUUUUAAAUAGCAUCCUUCAUAUAAUUUCUUUAGACAGUUUAAAGCAUACAAAAAAUACAGGGGAGAGGAGUUAUAAAUUUUAAAUAGUAUUAAUACUAUCUAUUCUUUCAGGUUUACAGAACAAAAUAUAGGUUCAUAACAAGUGCUAAUGACUUAAUUAAGACUGUCUACUCCUUCUUUAUGAUUAGAGAGUAGAGCAUUAAUAAAACAUUUAUUCUUUCGUAGAAGGAAUGAUAAAUUUACUAUUGUAAAGAGUGCUGGGAACCUGUGAGGAUGUGGCUGUGACAGAGUACCAAAGGGUGGCCUGACUUUAGGACCAUCAUCCUCACCAACAGCUAAAAUAAUCUGGAUUUACCAUAGAAUCACAGGAUCAUUCAGGUUGUAAAAGACCUCUAAGGUCUCCAAGCACUGCCAAGGCCACCACUAAACUGUGUCCCCAAGUGCCACAUCUACAUAUUUUUUAAAUCCCUCCAGGGAUGGCGACUCCACCACUGCCCUGGGCAGCCUGUUCCAAUGCUGGACACUCCUCUCAGGGAAGAAUUUUUUCCUGAUAUCAGGUAAUUUUUAUGGCUCUAUUAGGCUUGCUUCUGAGCUGUCUGGCUCCUUACCCAGAAAUUCAUUGCUUGCUUCCCUCUGAAUUAUGGAAGUGGUUCUUCUGCUCACCCCACAGCCUGUGCUGCUGCUUUUGUCCCAGAUGUUUCCAGUGCUCUCCUCAGUGGGGACAAUUCAGCUCUGUAUCAAACAAGCUCCCUAUCCCUGCUUUGCUGUGUCAUUUUGAAUAUUUUCAUCUCCCACAGCUUUUUUAUAUUAGCAGCAAAGAAAAGGGUGUUUAAAUAGCAUAACUCAUACCCAGAAAGGCUUCCAGGGGGAUAAAAAGCUUUUCUGUUAAGUCAACACUGAGCCCAGCAGAAAACAAGUGUAUCCAUUGAAAAGUUCCUUGUGGAAACUGCCAGUAGACAGUGAUGGCACAUACAAAUAUUGCAUUUUCUUUCCUGCCCUGGGACACCAGAAAUGGAUUAGAAAUGCACUGGGGCAGAUCUCCAGCUGCUGAAGGUCAUGGCAGCUCCACAGGCUUCAAAGGACUGACUCUGCAGCAGCCAGGAGUGUGGUGUUUGAAUCCAAGGUGCAAUCCCUGCAUCAGUCAUGGACAUUCUCGUAUGCAACAUGUAUAAAAGGUUGUGGGGAGUUUUGUUGUUGUUUUUUGUGGGGUUUGGGUUGUUUGGGUUUUGGGGUUUUUUUAAAUGUAUGUAAGAAAUUGAGUAAAUUCACAAAAUAUGUGGGAAUCUUGGUUUGCACUUUGGAUGGAUGGAUGGAUGGAUGGAUGGAUGGAUGGAUGGAUGGAUGGAUGGAUGGAAGCCAGACCCACGUGUUACAGGCACUGAAGCCCUGAUGUUUCCCGUGUUAUAGAUAGAACCUUUCAACAUGAGUAACUCAAAAUGAACUGCUCCAAGGAAACAGAUUGAUUUAAAUAAUUGCUUUAAUAUGAUUUUACCUCUGCAGUUUUAUUUCCCAGAGAAAUGGUUCUUGUCAGCUCUUGUUGGGUAGUACUAAAAGAAUGAAAUACUUUUCAUUUGCAAACGGACAAAAUUUUAACAUUAAAUGUAACUUUAAAAAACCAACUAA